GUCCGAGGGAAAAACCGCCACAGUCGAAAAUCGCUCGUCGCAUACUAGAGAAAUUUGUUGGCGUGUUUUGGCCCCGUUGCUUGAUAACUCCGGUCCUGAGUUGCGGCGAUGUUUUGUCCGAGUAAACAUGUUUGGUCAACAUACGAGUGAAAUUUUUGUCCUGCAUGAGUCGCGCGUUUUUUCCAACAUUUCCUUUCCCCAAUAAAAAUAUUUUGGCUUUCUUCUGCAUAACCAUGGAAGAAGCCAAAAUCGGUCGUUUUUUGUAUCGAUGAUAUUUAGAAUAUUUAUAAUACACCUGCUCGAGAAACAGUCAUGUGGACAACAUUAAAACGUCUGGUGUUUCCUUGGGUGUUAGUUUUUCUACACACUACUCAGUUAGGAAACUGUUCGGAAGAUGAAGAACGACUCGUUCGGGAUCUCUUCAGGGGAUACAACAAAUUGAUACGCCCUGUUCAGAAUAUGACUGAAAAAUUGGACGUUAGAUUUGGUUUGGCUUUCGUUCAACUAAUCAAUGUUAACGAGAAAAAUCAAAUUUUAAAAUCAAAUGUCUGGCUGAGAUUGGUGUGGAAUGAUUAUCAGCUACAGUGGGAUGAGGCAGACUAUGGAGGAAUUGCAGUACUUAGGUUACCGCCAGACAAAGUUUGGAAGCCCGAUAUAGUUUUAUUUAAUAAUGCUGAUGGUAACUACGAAGUCAGGUAUAAAUCAAACGUACUUAUAUAUCCCAACGGGGAAGUAUUAUGGGUACCGCCUGCAAUCUAUCAGAGUUCAUGUACAAUAGAUGUAACAUAUUUUCCGUUUGACCAGCAAAAGUGUAUAAUGAAAUUCGGUUCCUGGACUUUUAACGGUGAUCAAGUGUCUUUAGCCCUGUAUAACAAUAAAGAGUUUGUAGAUUUGUCAGAUUAUUGGAAAUCGGGUACCUGGGACAUUAUCGAAGUACCCGCCUACCUCAACAUUUACGAAGGAGACCAUCCCACCGAAACAGAUAUCACAUUUUAUAUAAUAAUUCGAAGAAAGACUUUAUUUUACACGGUGAAUUUAAUUCUCCCUACGGUUCUCAUUUCAUUUUUAUGUGUUCUAGUUUUCUACUUGCCUGCUGAAGCUGGCGAAAAGGUUACAUUAGGAAUUAGUAUUUUACUAUCACUGGUUGUAUUUUUGUUACUGGUAUCGAAAAUCCUGCCACCGACGUCGUUGGUAUUGCCACUGAUAGCCAAAUACCUUCUUUUCACGUUCAUUAUGAACACUGUUAGUAUACUUGUUACAGUAGUUAUUAUUAAUUGGAACUUCAGGGGUCCUAGAACACAUCGAAUGCCAUCGUGGAUUCGGUUCGUGUUUCUAAACUAUUUACCAGCGAUGAUGCUCAUGAAGCGCCCUCGAAAAACGAGAUUACGUUGGAUGAUGGAAAUGCCUGGAAUGGGAGUUCCUCCACAUCCUUACGGUGUACCUGGAGACAUUCCCAAACACAUAAGUUCCGUAGAAUCGCAAAGCAAAGUGGAGGUGAUGGAAUUGUCUGAUCUACACCAUCAUCCGAACUGCAAAGUAAACAGAAAAACAAACGCCGACAGUGGCGUAGCAGUUGGUGCGGAGAGUUGUAGGAGAGAGAGCGAAAGUUCCGACUCGAUCUUACUUUCCCCGGAGGUUUCGAAAGCGACAGAGGCAGUAGAAUUUAUUGCCGAACAUUUACGCAACGAAGAUUUGUACAUACAGACUCGUGAAGACUGGAAAUACGUGGCGAUGGUAAUAGACAGACUACAGUUGUACAUGUUUUUCAUUGUUACAACUGCUGGUACUGUCGGAAUCUUGAUGGACGCACCCCACAUCUUCGAGUAUGUUGAUCAAGACAAGAUCAUAGAAAUUUAUCGAGGCAAAUAAAAGGAGAAAAAUAAUUCGUGUCCAAUCCAGAAACCAGGCUCUCAAAUCAUGUGGCUUCCAUAAGCGAAACUCACAACAAAGGCCUAUAGUUCUGUAAAAUAGUGUACUGCGGCGACUGGCGGCAAAAUUCCAUUUAUUGAUAGGUUUACAAAUAAUCAUUACUGAUCACUAUUUGAUUUCCAAAAUUUAAUUUACUGUGUUGUCCGCGCGUGUGAAGUCGAAAACAAUAUUUUUAUUUACUAUAUCGCCGAUUGACAAUCGAUGAAUGAUUCUCCGUGAGUGCAAAUUAUUUAAAAAGGAAAAACAAACGUUGUUUUUUGUCGCUCUCAAUAACAUUUUAUGGUCUUAAAAAUGUUCUGAUUUUAUAGGACAAAUUGCAAAAGCCAUUUUUAUACUUUUAUAUUUUAUACGCUAAAAGAUACGUAAUGACGUAAUGCGGAGUUUCACCAUAUUUGAAUUUCAUUGCUUUAUUAUUUUUAAUCAGUUGUCUGAACCAAAAAAGAAAUACCCUUGCUUUCAGUUGGCUUUAGAAUGUCCUAUUAUUUCAAUAAAUAAUUUUUGAAAAUGCUGAUUUUAUACCACAUAUUUAAACGUACUGAAAUGGCGCCACUGUAUGACGUAUACAGGGUGAAUCUGAAAGUGAGUUUUUUUUUUUUUAACAGGGUAUAUAUCUCGCCAAAAUAAGUUGUUUGGCAAAAAAUUGUUUAUAUAAAAAAUUUAAGAUAACGGAGGUACAGAUAUUUUAGGGUUAUGUGCAUUAAAAAUCUAAUUUCAAUAAUCUAAGAUUUAGUAGAGAAAAUAUGAUAAAAAUUAUCACAAAAAUUGUUCAAAAUUAUUUUCAUUUGUAUGAUGCUUCAUUUCCCUCCUAAAUUUUGUCUGUUUCACUUUAAAACGAAAAUUGAUAGGUUGAAAAUGAAAUUUUUUCUGAUGGAAUAAUGCAACCGUGAGUACCUAUUAUGGAAUAAGACUCAUUAUGCUGGACUAAUAAUGGCUUUUUUGCGGCUUUUUUUUUGAGAAAAUGUGAACAAAGUGAUUUAUAGUGGAAGUCUCCUCUAACCUCAAAAUAGCUGUACCUCUGUUAUCUUAAAUUUUUUAUAUAAACAAUUUUCUGCCAAACAACUUAUUUUGGUGAGAUACAUACUGUUAAAAAAAAAGCCUCACUUUCGGAUUCACCCUGUAUACAUACCCCGACCAAUAAGAAUCGUUCACAAUGGCUCUGACGCAUAUCUUUGUCUUACUCUGAGUCUGUCUGUCUAAGAUCUGGAGAGUGACAAUGAUGAAAUUCCUCAUUCGUUAUUUGCACCUUGUUCGUUUAACACGCUGGUCAACCUAAUUUUAUGUUGACACAAAAUUUAAAAAACAAUCUGUGAAAUUAGAGUUUAUAUUAGGUCUGUUCCAACCGACAUG